ACCCUAGACGACCUCUAGCUCACACUUCAUCGUCUCUAAUGGCUCUCAUCAGAAUCCAUUCCUCUCUCGCUACAUUAUCUUCUCACUUUCACUACCCCCAUCAUCGCCUGUUUCUCUCUCAUCGAUCCUGUUUGCGUUCUUCCCCCGCUGUCAGCCCUCGCCAAUUGCUUUCGAUAGUCUCCAGCGGUUCCCAAUCUGGUAUUGAAGCAAGCUCGAAGGUCAUGCUCAAAGACAUGGAUUUCCCUGAGCUCGAAAAAUGGGUUCAGUCGCACGGCUUUAGGCCAGGACAGGCAAUGAUGCUGUGGAAGUGCCUUUAUGGAAACAAUGUCUGGGCACAUUCUCAUGAUGAAUUGGAAGGUUUAAAUAAAGAUUUCAAAAAAAUGUUAAGUGAAAAUGCUUCUUUCAAGGCAUUGUCAGUGAAAGAUAUUUUCACAGCAUCUGAUGGAACUCGAAAGAUUUUGUUCAAUUUGGAUGAUGGCAUGGUGAUAGAGACAAUUGUGAUUCCUUGUAGUACAGGAAGAACAACUGUGUGUGUUUCAAGUCAAGUGGGUUGUGCAAUGAAUUGUCAGUUCUGUUACACGGGCAGGAUGGGAUUGAGGAAGCAUUUAAGAACAUCUGAGAUUGUUGAACAGGCUGUAUUUGCUCGGCGUUUGUUCUCUAGCGAAUUUGGGUCUAUUACAAAUGUUGUAUUUAUGGGGAUGGGUGAGCCGCUUCAUAACAUAGAAAAUGUCUUAAAAGCUUCUGCCAUAAUGGUUGAUGACCAAGGUCUUCAUUUUAGCCCUCGCAAAGUGACUGUUUCCACCAGUGGUCUUGUUCCUCAGAUAAAACAUUUCCUCAGCAAAUCUAACUGUGCACUAGCAGUCAGUCUUAAUGCGACAACCGAUGAGGUAAGAAAUUGGAUUAUGCCUAUCAACCGGAAAUACAAUCUAAGCCUGCUUCUGGGGACAUUAAAGGAGGAGAUCCGCUCCAAACAUAGAUAUAAAGUUCUAUUUGAAUAUGUUAUGCUUGCAGGAGUAAAUGAUAGUAUUGAGGAUGCAAAGAGACUCAUAGAGCUCAUCCGUGGGAUCCCUUGCAAGAUUAACCUGAUCUCCUUCAACCCUCAUAGUGGAUCUCGGUUCAGGCCUACUACUGAUGAGAAGAUGGUUGAGUUCCGUAAUUUUCUGGCUUCAGCCGGGUGUGUCGUCUUCAUGAGGCCUAGUAGAGGGGAUGACCGGAUGGCUGCCUGUGGCCAGCUGGGGGAGCCUGGAGUUAUCCAACCACCGAUGCUUCGUCCUCCACCAAGGUUUCAAAUGGCUCUAUGAUUUGCAUGAUUCAAAAGGGGCUCUCUUUGUGCAAAGUUGCAGGGUUUGGCAUGAAAUGUUUCACAGUUAUUUUGAAGUUUACAUUUUGUUUAUACAAUUUGUAGUUGUAAUGCUUUUAUAAAUUGUGGAUUGAGAUUGGUAUUAAGGAUUCAAGAGGUGACAUGAAUCUAACGAAUGACGCCUCUACUUCAAGAUAUUUUUUGUUUCUAUUUUUAAAAUGUUGUCAAACCCAAAAGAGGGUAUCCGAAUUCUUCUCUAAAAAGCUGUUAAAGAGGAAUUACAAAGUUCUCAUAUAUUAUCUAUGAAAA